AUGGACACUACCUUUCCGGACUAUGACGAUCUUCCGUCCGUUGAGGGCAUCUCGGAGCCUUGCGCUUGGGGUCUCUUCAGCCGCAACGGUGAAAAAGACCUAUAUGGCUGUCUACACAAGGUCACUCCUGACAUCAUCAGGGAAGCUACCGCUGAAGUCGAAUUCAAUACUCAGAGCCACUUCCACCACCAAAAGUCGGCCUGCGUCUACAACGGAUCUCAGCCUUCGAUUGAGGAUUUUACACAAGCGCGUGGGACUGAUGCGGGCAAGACACUCCCAACACUAGACCAUUGGCAUACCCGCGGAGGGUUGGUUGCACGCGGAGUGCUUAUCGAUUACGUAUCUUACGCCCAGCGCAAAGGAAUACAAUACACCCCCAUAAGCCCGCACGCAAUCAAAGUUCGAGAGAUUGAAGAGAUUGCUAGGGAACAGGGCGUAACGUUUAAACAAGGCGAUGUUAUCAUCAUUCGCACUGGCUACACCGAUAUAGUCGGCGCUGCGGAGCCAGAGGAGCAGGAGGCGAUGAUCAAUACCGGCAUGAGUGCGGGUGUUGAGGGUUCCAUAGAUGCCGUGAAGUGGUUCUGGAAUACCCACUGUUCGGCUGUCGCGAGUGAUAGUGUCGGUUUCGAGGUGCUGCCGGCCACCAAGGACGGCGUUAUCGGGGCCGGAGGGUCCCCUGAUCUAGUUCUACAUCCCCAUUUUCUCGGACUUUUAGGUCUACAUGUUGGAGAGCUAUGGGAUCUCAAGGCGCUCUCGGAAUACUGCGCAACGAAGCAGCGGUAUACUUUUCUUUUGACUUCAAUUCCGCUAAACAUUCCGGGCUUGGUCGGAUCCCCGCCUCUGCGCGUGAUUGCCUUGGGAGCGGGUGCUUCCGGGAUAUGUUUGGCAAAGUUCCUGCCCGAGCAGUUAAAAAACGUGCAGCUUGCCAUUUAUGAUAAGAAUCCCGAGUACGGCGGCACGUGGUACGAGAAUAGGUAUCCGGGAUGCGCAUGCGAUAUUCCGUCUCAUAUCUACCAGUUUUCGUGGGCCAAGAAUCCCAACUGGUCCGAAUAUUACGCCGGCGCCGGGGAGAUUCUGCAGUAUUUCAAAGAUGUUGUCGACCGCUUUGACCUUGCCAAAUACAUCCACCUGAGCCAUCAAAUCACGGGAGCGUAUUGGAACGAUUCGCGCGGAGUUUGGGACAUACACGUUCGAAAUGUAGGAACGGGCGAAGUCUUUAUCUCUAGCGCAGAGAUAUUUAUCAAUUGUAGUGGCAUCUUGAAUGCCUGGAACUGGCCAGAUAUCAAGGGCUUAUCUGACUUCAAGGGUAAACUCUAUCACACCGCCGACUAUGACCCCGAAAUCGACCUGGAAGGCAAGCGCGUAGCCGUAGUUGGCAUUGGUAGUAGUGGCGUACAGGUUAUCCCAUCCAUCCUCCCGCAAGUGUCCAAGUUAUACGCUUGGAUUCGACAGCCUACUUGGAUGACGGCUGGAUUCGCGCAGAAGUUUGCUGGACCAAACGGAGAUAAUUUUCAUUAUGGCGCAGAGCAGCAAGAGUAUUUCAGGACCCAUCCGGACGAGUAUCUCGAGUAUUGUAAACAGCUCGAGAGCGAGAUUAGUCGGAUGUUUCCACUAUUUUUGAGAGGCUCUCCCGAGUCUGCGGCGGCUCGAGAGCCCGGAAAUGGCUUUCUUGAGGCUCUGACGUCGCCAAAGGUCACCACGUUUCUCGAGCCGCUGCAGACUGUUACGGAGAAUGCGAACGGCGUUAACCUCCAGGAUAUUCAGGCCAAGCGCCCGACUUCUUACCUGGCCAUGGCCAUCCCCGGAAUGCCGAACUAUUUUACUGUUGGCGGACCAUAUUUCUCCUUUGGCCACGGGUCCUACAUCUCGAUGGUCGAGCUCUUUAUGAAUAAUAUUCUACAAGUUGUCAAGAAAAUGCAAAAGGAAGACAUCAAGUCAGUGACCCCGAAGAAGGAGGCUACGGAUGCGUUCAUGGAACACGCCGACGUCUGGCUGAAGCGCACCGUUUGGUCCGAGUCUUGCACGAAUUGGUUCAAGAAUAGCAAGGCCGAUGGCGUUCUUACCGUUUUCCCGGGCUCGCGGGUGGUGCUCGCGGACUUGUUGCAGACACCACUAUUUGAGGAUUACAUUUUCGAUUAUUGGUCGAUGAACCGGUUCGCCUUUCUCGGUAAUGGCUUCUCUACCCUUGAGCACGACGGGAGUGAUAUUGCAUGGUAUAUGGGCGAGAAAGGAAAGGACGGCUUGCUUCCGGAGAAGGUCCAAGUUAAUGGAUCGGCCGCGAGUCCGGAGUGGGAGGACCUCGCGGUCAAGGUUGCGAUUCCAGCGUUUGACCCUACAGAUGUAAAUCCGGAACAACUUCGCGAGGCGACCAACGCCCUGCGAUUGAAGCUCUCUGCAGAGGGAUGUGCAAGCUCAGGCUUCGGUAACGAUGUCCAGAGUAGGGACUACUCCAUCACCACUCGCGACCAUCAAAACAUCAUCGCCCGCGUUUACCGACCCAAGAACCAGCCGCCCGAUCUAUUAUUGCCAGUAUACCUCUUCUUCCACGGAGGAGGGUUCCUCUUUGGAGGGGUUGAAACCGAGGACGAUGCGUGCUACCGGAUCGUAUCCACAUUUUCUGCGCCCGGCAUCAUCGUGGUGAGCAUCAAUUAUCGCCACACCCCCGAAUUCAAAUAUCCCGUCCCCUUCAACGACGCUUGGGACGCGUUCGAGUGGCUGGCUGGACUCGCCGCAUCAGUUGCGCUCAAAGCGGCGCGGCUUCAUAAACUCAACACAAAAGCUUCGCCGAUGAUGAAGAUUUCCGGCCAACUCCUUUGCAUCCCUUGGUUGAUUGUAGACACGGACAACUACCCCUGGGCCCACCUGCCUUGCUCAUCCUAUCAUCAAAACGCAGAUGCCCCCGUCCUCCCUAUGGAACUGCUCAAACUGUUCAGCAGACUUCUCGACGCGUCGAAUGCGCCUCCUGACGAGAAUAAGUGCAUCUCCAUGGCAGAAGAGGAGGAUAUUAAAGAAUUGCCAAAGACGAGCUUUCUCAUAUGCGGCAGGGAUGUCUUGCGGGAUGAAGGCAUCUUUUACGAGGAAAGACUGAGGAAAAACGGGUAA